AUGACUGAUAGUCAAGCUUACUACUUUGAUAGAGAUGAUAUUGCAUUACCUGGUUUACACAGUUACUUCAAAAAGGCAUCAAAUGAAGAACGUGAGCAUGCAAUGAAAUUAAUGCUGUAUUUAAAUAAAAGAGGUGGCCGCAUUGUGCUUACUAGUAUUAAUGCACCCGAAAGAAAUGAAUGGGGCACUGCAGAAGAUGCAAUGAUGGCUGCGUUAGAUUUAGAGAAAAAAGUCAAUCAUUCCCUUUUAAAGCUUCACAAAAUUGCUACAAUUCAUGAUGAUGCAAACCUCUGUGAUUUCCUGGAAGCCGAAUACCUACAAGAACAAGUGGAUUCAAUUAAAGAAAUUGCCAAUCAUUUAACUAAUAUUCGGCGUGUUGGAGAGGGUUUAGGAAUUUUUAUGUUCGAUAAAGAAUUACAUUAAUUAUACUUUUGAGAAUAAGCUCAAGCACCUAAAAUGUGUUUAACAUUUGCACAAUAUUUAAUUUUUCAAAUAGUACAAGCAAUUUUAGUGUGUACUUGUUCAACAGUAUUAUUAAGUGUUGUAGGUAUUUAAUUUAUGAUCUCAUGUAUUUUGUUUGUUACAAAGGAUAUUGCAUUGGUAGAAUCAUGUUAAAUUAUCAUAUCACAUUUGUGGUCUGUAUGGUGCUAACAUUAUUAGAUUUUACUGUUACUGUAUUUAUUUUUGAAAGCUGAUAUAGAGAUUAACAUGUCAAUUUGUAGAAAAAUUGAAGUAUAGGCUCACUACAAAGAUAUAAUUUUCAAAUUGGCAUCAAUAUAUCUUUGUAGUAGUGCGAUGUAGUGUGGUUCCUGUGAACUUAGUAGGAAGAACAAUACAAUGAUCUCAAUUCUGAAAGACUUUUCCCUUGAUGUAUUUCUAACGUUAUAACGUUCCAAGCUUAACCUUUUCAGCACCUAGUGCUUGUUACUUAUCAGUAUUAUACUAUAUUGUGUUGAAAUAUUUAUUCCACCUCGUUUUAUCUGAAUGCACAGUGAAUACUAGUCAUGUUUUUAUUGAGUUUUGUGAUUUAUUUUACUGCAUGAAAAUUUAUUUACAAAAUAAAAUGCAUGAUGAAAGAA